UCCCGCCAACAAGCGGCACCUUAUUUUAUUGUGAAAGUCCCAACAGGAAGUUCUCCAAAGAGCACAGCUAGUUCAUGAGGCCGGAGUAACAGCAGGAAGUGUCACUGUCCUGUUCCAACGGAGCGGCAAAGAUGAUGGAUUUUGAGCGGACGUUCGAUGAGAGAAGUGCGCUGCGUUGGAUGCAGGACAACUGGAGCAAGGCGUUCGUGCUGUGCGGCAUCUACGCGGCGCUGGUCUUCGGGGGUCGGCGCUGGAUGACGGAGCGUCCCAAGCUGAGCCUGCGCGUCCCGUUGAUGUUGUGGUCGCUCAGCCUCGCCAUCUUCAGCGUGUUGGGAACGCUUCGGACCGGAAGCUACAUGCUUCACAUCCUCGGAAGCGGCGGCUUUCAGAGGUCGGUAUGUGAUAGCGGUUUCUAUAGCGCCCCCCUUACAAAGUUCUGGGCCUACGCCUUCGUCAUCAGCAAGGCCCCCGAGCUGGGUGACACGCUCUUCAUUGUCCUGAGGAAGCAGCGGCUGAUCUUCCUGCACUGGUACCACCACAUCACCGUGCUCCUCUACUCCUGCUACUCCUACAAGGACCAGGUGGCGGGAGGCGUCUGGUUCAUCACCAUCAACUACGCCGUGCACUCCGUCAUGUACAGCUACUACGCCGCCAGGGCGGCCGGCCUGCGUGUGCCCCGCUCCUUCGCCAUGAUCAUCACAGCCGCUCAGACGGCGCAGAUGGCGGCGGGGCUGACCGUGUUGGGCCUCGCCUACCGUUGGAUGGACGACGUACACUGUCCCACUCACGUGCACAACAUCGCGUGGGGGUCACUCAUGUACCUCAGCUACUUGGUUCUCUUCGCGGUCUUCUUCUACGACUCCUACCUCAGGGGUGGGGCCGAGCGGGUCAAGCGGGCAUAAACACUUUACAAGAGAGGAGUCAGACAAAAUGUAUGCAAUUUGGAAGUGUCUCCGCCCCCUUUCUUCAAUUCUUAAAUAAAGUGAUGAAGUCACUGAUGA